AUGAACAUUUCAGACUAUAUUUUCAAUCCAAUUCAACAGCUCCAGAAAACUGAGAUGAUUCAGCAGUUGGGUCCUUCGAACUGGAAUACAUCGACGACGUCUCCAAAAUUGACAAGUUGUGGAGUCACCAUUAAUGGCCAAUUGAGUUAUUCUCAAGUUAAUAGGCCUAAUUCUGCAUUGAUUAAUGUAGAAAAUUGCAUGAGUGCUGAAUUCAGCCUCGAAAAUGGACAAGUUUUUGGUGGUCUUCAAGAAAUCGAGGCUGGUAUUUCAAACCCGGGCUCUCUCGAAUCAAUUGAUUGCUUGUUAUCAGCAACCAAUAGCCGGACAGACACAUCAGUUGAAGAUGAUGGGAUUUCCAUGUUUUUCUCUGAUUGCAAAGAACUAUGGAAUCCAAAUUCAAGCGCCAUCAUCAUAUCAAACGGAACAUCUGCAUCCACGGUAAAACAUUGCACCAAUAAAACAGUAUCACAAGCUUCAACCGAUGAAUAUGUCACUCAAUCAAGGUCUUCAGGCGCUAAUAAGCCUAAUCCCAACAAGAGAAGCAGUUCGGAAAGUCAACUGAUCAUAUCAAAUGGACUCCAGUACCAAAAUCUAGAUUUUCAUCAGUCCAAUUAUUGGACUAAUCCCCCCAAAUCCAAGAAGCCCAGAUCAGAUAACCAUUCAGGUCCAUCAAACAUAAACUUCCAGCGUCCUACUUCAUCUACAUCCUCCAUGGACGAGCCUGAUUCGGAAGCUAUCGCGCAAAUGAAAGAGAUGAUUUAUCGAGCUGCAGCAUUCAGGCCGGUGAAUUUUGGCGCCGAGGUGGUCGAGAAGCCCAAACGAAAGAAUGUAAGAAUUUCAAACGACCCACAAACUGUUGCUGCAAGACAAAGAAGGGAAAGGAUAGGUGAAAGAAUUAGGGUUUUGCAAAGACUGGUCCCAGGAGGUAGCAAAAUGGACACUGCAUCAAUGCUUGACGAAGCUGCAAAUUAUCUCAAGUUCCUCAGAUCACAAAUUAAAGCACUUGAAGCAUUUGGCCAGAAGAUUGACACUACUGUCAAUUUUCCUACAGUUACAAAUACUGCUUUCGCGACAUUCAAUCCUCCAUUUGCCAUGCAAAAUCAGUCCUAUCUGCAAAACCCUAAUCCAAUCCACCAAUCAAAAAGUUAA